AUCAUAUCGCUGUUCGAUGGAGGUUGCGAGGUUUAUUCUGGAUUAUUUAUUGAUUUGAUUCAACAUCAACAAACAAAGACGGAUCCUUUUCUGGUUCUCGCAACUUCCAUCGGUGAAAUAUCUUGAUUUGUAUUCUUUUGGACGAAGUAAAAUGACGCACGGCACAGAAGCGGAAAUGAUCCCGGAGGUUUCGGCCGCCGCGAGUUUCGUGUGUAGACUACUGCGCAGCCGCGGACACCUGAGUGACGUGCAGUUGCAGGUUUUCAGAGAAGGCCUCGCGCAAGCUCUUUCAGAACACUACCAGCAUCACUGGUUUCCUGACAGACCACAGAAAGGAUCAGGGUAUCGUUGCAUUCGCAUCAAUCACGAAAUGGACCCUCUGAUUGGCCGAGCCGCCGGACACAUCGGAUUGACCGCCGGGCAGCUUUUCUCACUCCUGCCACGUGAGCUCACGCUCUGGGUGGACCCAUAUGAAGUCUCUUACCGCAUCGGCGAGGACGGAUCCAUUUGUGUACUGUACGAAGCCGAUCCGCCCGCCAAACACACUACCCCAAGCAUCCGAGGACCAUCGGUGUACGAUCAGACUGACAGCUGCAAAUACCGCUUUAUGAUGGGAGGCCGCACGAGUCCACCUAAAAACUACCUGAUGACGGUGUCUAGUUGAGCACCGCUGGCAUCACCUGACCGCAGCCACUUUAACUCCUCCUCGUGUGACUAUUUCUUGACAUUUCAAAGCCUUUAUUUAAGAUGUGUUAAAGCACUGGUUGAUAUGAGACGCACCGUUCUGUGUGACUGUUUUACCCUGAACAGGUUUUGGGGUUUUUUGGUGCUAGCGCACUGUUUCGGUGCAUUACCUCGUAUCUCACAAGAAUGUAAAGCAAUUAAAUAUUAAGGUAUACAGAUUAUAACCAGCAAAUUACUUUAUUUACAAUGCAGUGCAUUGCACUAUACAUGUUUUUAAAUACUGAGCUGCUAUUAUAAGACGCCACACAAACAAAACUCCCAUAAUUCCUCCUGCCUUAACUAUCCUCACUGCCUGCCUCUUCAUGUCUUAUUGUGCAAUAUUCAGGCCGUACGCUGUUUAAUGUCAUGAAAUGAGUCCUCUGUGGAUCGCUUUACUGCUGGUGUCUCUGGGAGGAAGAGAAAUUAUUUUUUUCCCAGAAUGCUUUGCGUGUGGUUUGUUGGUUGGUAUCGAGUGCCAGUAAAGACUGAAGUCUGUAGCACAUCUCAAUCGGGCUGCCGAGCAGCUUCUUUACUGUUUUUUGAUGAGUCGAUGUAGUUUGUAAGCUAUUAAAGCAGAUUUUGCUGUAAUGUACAUUUUUAUUUUUUAAUGCAUUUGUGCAGAUACAGAGCUGUACAGUCGAUUUUUAUUAAAAUAAACAUUUUAUGAAUUCAA